AUGAUGAUGAUGAAGCGCAGCAGAAGUGGCACGUGGCGUGCCAGACAAUCACCGCGUACGGAGACGUCGGGCUCUGUGAGGCAGCGCAUGGCGCUGGAGGAUGUCCAAAUGAAGACCGUGGCCUUGAAGUGCAGUGCGUGCCUGCGCAUCAUGGGGGACCCAGUGCGCCAGGUGCUGAGAGGCGGUCUUGGCCGCUCAAAAACGAAUCUGCGCAGAGGAGAGCAAGUGGCUCUACUCAGUGAAGAGCAAAGAGAACCAGCUCGGAAGAGAGCAAGUAGAUCUACACAGAGGAGAGCAAGUGGCUCUACUCGGUGGGGAGUAAACAAUUUUCUCGGUACGGAUGCUGGGGCGAGUACAAGGGCGGCGUGUGCACUGAUGGGGAAUCCAGCGUGCGCGUUGUCCAAGGACGAGUCCUAA